CCUAUCAUAUUGUGCUGUCUUGUUUCGUCAGUGAUGCAUAGUGAUCUUGCCUUUUUUCCCUACAAGGCAUGUUUUCACUAUAUCCCUCGUAUCUGGCACAGGGAUUAAUUUCAUAGCCCUAAUUUAUCACUUCGCAUUUCAUUAAGCCUACUUAAUUUUACUGAUAUCCUAAACGGAUGGAUGUCCAUUUCCACCGCCUACUUGCGUUUAUUUUAGCGAAUUGGAUCGCCACCGCAAUCUGAGUUGUGCCCUCUGCUCAAGGCAAUUCCCGUCAUGACCUGUCUAUUCUUUCAAAUUCGCUAAAUGGCAUUUUCCUUCGGUACUAGUGUUCUCAAAGAAGUUAGACAUCAUUCGUUUUCGAAUCCUUUUCAUCAAAUGAAGACUACUGUGGGGAUUUGAUUUGGUUCUUCACGCACUCUUCUGUGCCUUGCGUAAACCUCAAGACGCUUGCUUCAAAGGCCUGCUGAUGGGGGCGGGCAAGAGCAAGCCCAAGGAGCCAGGUCAGCGCUCACUGAGUCUCGAUGGCACCAUUGGCACGGGCUCGGACAGUGCGCACCACCACCACCUCAACUCGACCCAGCAGACCCAGACCCCCAACAGGAGUCCCGCCGUAGGGGGCGCCAGGCAUGGCCACCACCCCGGGCAUGCUCCCACCAACACCCCCGAGCUGGCGCUGUUCGGUGGAGUAGACCACACGAGCAGUAUCACCUCCCCUCACAGAGGACCACUGGCAGGAGGUGUCACUACAUUUGUGGCACUCUAUGACUAUGAAUCACGGACUGCCUCGGACCUGACCUUCAAGAAAGGCGAGCGGCUGCAGAUCAUCAACAACACGAGAAAGUACAGCUUCAGGGAAGGGGACUGGUGGCUGGCUCGGUCUCUGACUACCGGAGAAAGCGGUUACAUCCCCAGCAACUAUGUGGCCCCCUCUGACUCCAUUCAAGCAGAAGAGUGGUAUUUUGGGAAAAUAACUCGGCGCGACUCAGAGAGGCUCCUUUUGAGUUUACAGAACCGACGAGGCACCUUCCUGGUCCGAGAGAGCGAGACCACCAAGGGAGCCUACUGCCUGUCCGUGUUGGACUACGACAACACCAAAGGUCUCAACGUCAAACACUACAAGAUACGCAAGCUAGACAGCGGUGGUUUCUACAUCACCUCACGCACCCAGUUCAGCAGUCUGCAGCAGCUGGUCUACCACUAUCAUAAGCAUGCAGAUGGACUGUGCCACUGUCUGACAGAGGUGUGUCCGGUGCUGAAGCCUCAGACCCAGGGCCUGGCCCGCGACGCCUGGGAGAUAUCCCGGGAGUCCCUCCACCUCGACCUCAAACUGGGACAGGGCUGCUUCGGAGAGGUCUGGAUGGGGACAUGGAAUGGUACAACGCGGGUGGCCAUCAAGACCCUGAAGACAGGUACCAUGUCCCCAGAGGCCUUCCUCCAGGAAGCCCAGGUCAUGAAGAAGCUGAGACACGAGAAACUGGUGCAGCUCUACGCCGUGGUGUCUGAGGAACCCAUCUACAUUGUCACCGAGUACAUGAGCCAAGGUAGCCUGUUGGACUUCCUGAAAGGUGACACGGGCAAGCUGCUACGUCUUCCCCAGUUAGUGGAUAUGGCAUCUCAGAUUGCAGCAGGGAUGGCAUAUGUAGAGAGAAUGAACUACGUCCACAGAGACCUCAGGGCUGCCAACAUCCUGGUCGGGGACAACCUGGCAUGUAAAGUGGCCGACUUCGGCUUGGCCCGCCUCAUAGAGGACAACGAGUACACUGCUAGACAAGGUGCCAAGUUCCCCAUUAAGUGGACGGCACCAGAGGCUGCACUCUACGGACGCUUCACCAUCAAGUCAGAUGUCUGGUCAUUCGGGGUCCUGCUCACUGAACUGGCCACUAAAGGCAGAGUCCCAUAUCCAGGCAUGGUGAACCGGGAAGUGUUGGAUCAGGUGGAGCGUGGCUACCGGAUGCCCUGCCCUGCUGAGUGCCCAGCCUCCAUGCACGAGCUCAUGCUCACCUGCUGGAGGAAGGACGCAGAGGAGCGCCCCACCUUCGAGUACCUCCAGGGCUUCCUGGAAGACUACUUCACCUCCACCGAGCCCCAGUACCAGCCUGGGGAGAACCUAUAAGGCUCAGGGACAUCAACACCCCCCCCCCCUCCCCUCCCCGGGCCUCAUGGAUGGACUUGCCCACCCCCCUGCCCAAUGCCCACCCCUGCCCAAUGCCCACCCAUGUCACUGCCCACCCCUCACUGCACGCUGAUCACGGGUCAGGUUAGUGUUAUUUCCCCACUGUAAUGGACUAUGGUUAAGGAUGGUUUAGGAGUGGGAAGAAAAGGGGAGCUGAUCCUAGACCUGUUGUUAUGAGUGACUUCUAACCUGAAGCUACAGAGACCGGUUUUGUGGGGACUGUCAUAGUGGUUGAGGGUUGGACUGAUGCGAAAGGUGCUGAUCCUAGAUCUGUGGAGGAAAGAUGGUAAGUGUCCUAAGGUGGAGUAGGGUACAGUUGCCCCUGGAUGCUGAUCUUUGGUCAAUUUAGCAUUUUCUCCACUAAUGGUUAAGAUCAGGGGAGGGGAAGCUGAUCCUAGAUCUGUAGCUAGGAAAAACUUCAACCCGAAGUGCCCUAAGGAAGGACGGAGGAUAGUGAGACGGAACAUGGCCACUGUUUUGACCCUCCCUCUCUGUCCUCGUCCCCUUCUCAUCAAAGGCUUUGCCCGGAAUCCGUUCAAACUUUUCCCAAAGUGUGCACUUGUGCACUACCUGUCAAGCAUUGGAUUAUUGUAAGCAUUGGCUAAACUAGAGGAAGUCUCCCUCAUUGUUGAAAUCCGCCCUCAUUGUUGAAAUCCACAAGGGGGAGUGUGCAAGUGCACACUUUCAAGUUUGGAGAAAUUAGAAGCAGCUAUAGCAUCUGACCUCUCCACCUCCUCUCCUCUUGCAGAGUGCUGCCAACGUGGCACCGGUGCCGAAGGAACGUCCGUCUGUUUUCCCUCCACCUCCUCUCCUCUUGCAGAGCGCUGCCAACGUGGCACCGGUGCCGAAGGAACGUCCGUCUGUUUUCCCUCCACCUCCUCUCCUCUUGCAGAGCGCUGCCAACGUGGCACCGGUGCCGAAGGAACGUCCGUCUGUUUUCCCUCCACCUCCUCUCCUCUUGCAGAGUGCUGCCAACGUGGCACCGGAGCCGUAGGAACGUCCGUCUGUUUUCCCUCCACCUCCUCUCCUCUUGCAGAGUGCUGCCAACGUGGCACCGGUGCCGAAGGAACGUCCGUCUGUUUUCCCUCCACCUCCUCUCCUCUUGCAGAGUGCUGCCAACGUGGCACUGGAGCCGUAGGAACGUCCGUCUGUUUUCCCUCCACCUCCUCUCCUCUUGCAGAGUGCUGCCAACGUGGCACCGGUGCCGAAGGAACGUCCGUCUGUUUUCCCUCUCUCUUGUGCAUACCAAAUGGCUCCCUAUUCCCUACAUACAUGUAGUGCACUACUUUUGACCAGAGCCCUAUGGGAAUAGGGUCAAAAAUAGGACACUAGGGCUCAGGUCAAAAAGUUGUACACUAUGUAGGGAAUAGGGAGCCAUUAGGGAUGUAACUUCUGUGGGUCUGUCUGUCUCCCUUUCUUUGCCUAUUUCCUCCUCUCUCCAGUAUUCUCAAGUGCUGCUUCCUCCAGGUCUCCAACUCUCAGAUUGAAUUUUUUGAAAGUUUUUAUUUGUUUUGUCUAAAGAUGCUGCUUCUUUCUUUCUUCCUCUGUCAAUAAAACUGAAAUGUUGUAAAGCUCCCAGACAGUUUCACAUGAAAUGUAUCGGAUGACAGCAUUGUAUACUCAUAGAAGUGAUGUCAAGCAUACUGGGUGCUAAUAGACUCCCUGUUAGUACAAUUGCACCUGGGUCAUGUUCACGACUUUAAAAACAUUUUGCAACAGAAAAUGAAAAUGUAGGGUUUGUUAUUAGAUAAGCCCACUUUGUCCAUGCCUUUUUCCGUCCGUUUAAUUCCGUUGGGCGCCUAUUGAACACAGCCCUGUUUUUGUUGUUGUUGUGUGCAAUCACCCUGAGAUUAUUGUGACUCAGUUGUACAAUCAUUAGAAAGGUUUAUUGAGGACCCCAAAACUUUCAUUCUUAAAUGCAUUCCUUUUAAUGUGGUUUGUGAAAGAAGCAGGGUACUGAGAGCCAGUCAAAUAUGAAGGAUUGCAAACGUGCACAAUGAGUUAAAUGCUGUGUGAAUUCCUGUGUGUGGGUCAAUUCAAUCCUCUUUGCUAAUCAAAUCUGGCACUAGAAGCUAUGCAUCUUUAAAUAAUAACCCCUUUCAUCCCUUAUUGGGAUUUAGGUGGCUUUUUUUAUCCCCCAAUGAUCAGUAAUUAUGUAAUGAACUACGACUAAAUAUUUUUUGCUAAUUAAGUAAUAUAUUUAAUGAUUAGAAAGCCCCUUGGACUUGUGAAAUCCCUUGUAAAUCGUAACAUUGCCACAAUCCUUCACAGGCAGAUAGACGGGUGGGGAAAUAUACACCAUUUUUACACUAUUGUGCUCACCCAAACUGUACUGUCCCGAACCAUACCAUUAUGGUGGAUGUGAAACCAGGCCAGUACAGUGCGGCUAAGCUCAGUAGUGUGAAAUGGGUUUGAGUGAUUUGGUGUUCUGAACUGACAAUGAGAGGGACCUGCAGGGGGCGGUGCUGUCAUUUUUGGUUCUAGUGCAAAUAUCACUGAUCUAACACGGUAAGAUUAGUGAAAGCAAUGGAGUGGAAACCAUGUCUUCACCAAUCCACUCACUUACAGAUCAGUGAUUACCUCAAGUAAGGGAGGAAGGUAGGAAGGAUGCAUUUUAUAGAUAUGCCUAGGACUAUUUCAAUGGAUCUGGAGGACAUUAGGUGUAUGUAUGUAUGAUGUAUAUACAGUCAAUGCUGCCAUCUAACCUCAGCCAGUAGAAUGCAUGUAUUAGUGAUAUAUUGUAACUAAUACAUCUCCCAGCAACACAACAUUAAGGGCUAGUUUCCCAGACCUAGAUUAAAGCUGGAAUCCAGUUGAAACUGCCUCAGCCGUUUGUGGUUUUACAACAAAGAAGUCAUUCUCCCCCCCCCCUUGGACAUCAUUGCACAUGUGAUAGAACAGCAGCAUAUGCACGUUUUGUAUGUUUUUUUCCACCACAGCCACUGUUAUUGGUUUUGUUUUGUUGACGAAGCGGAGCGAUGCUCCUCAGCUCUGCAUCUCAACGAAACAAAAACCAGAACAACGGCUGGGGGGGGCAGGCAGAUGGCGCUGUUUCCCCUACAGCAAAUUCCACCUUUAAGCCUAGUCCUGGACCAAAGGGCAUGCUUUAAAAAAAAGUGUUUCUUAGUGAGAAACUAGUCUUAAUCUGAGGGCUGGUUUCCCCAGACAAAGUGAGUUGGAUAUCAGAUCAAUCCUGUCUCUGAAUUUUCUCCCUCUUGAAACUGUAGUACCAGUUCAUUUCUUCCUUGCUAUGCCUUGUGUUUCCACAAGGUGAAACAUCUGGGCUGCAGAGAGUAGCUUUAUGUGUUUUUGCUUGAAUCCCUUACCUUGGGUUUUCACGAGGUGAAACGCAUAUGGGUUGCAGAGAGUAGCUUUCGGUGGUUUCCAACGUGUACAUUUUGAUCAACCUUGAUUUAACUGGAAUGUAGCGUGAUCUGAGAGUGACAAAUACAUUUCCUGGGAGAUGCUGCAGAGUGUUACGUAGGCAGCUCAAAGGAGAAAGACUCCUUUCUCAAAUGAGAAAGACAUGGGAACUUAAAACUAGGUUUGUACAAUUCCAGUAACUUUCCCUAAAUUCCCAGUUUUUCCAGAAAUCCUAGUCGGAGGAUUACGGAUUGUCUGCUUACUCCCUCUGAAUUUUGGGAAUAUUUCCGGAAUUUUGCAAUCCUUAACCUCUACUGCUAAAGACAACCAAAAGACCUCGAAAGAAGAAACCGAAUUGGUCCACACUUGGUCUUAUGUGAAAUGGCUACUGAUUGCAUUGUUCACUUCAGCUGAUUGCACUGGCCCUGAAAGCCUACUGCAUUUUGUGCCAAUGAAAGCCAUAUAUAUAUAUUUGUACUGCUGUCCAUGUACAUAAUGUACUUUUGUUACGCCUGAACUCACUGUAGUUCAAUGGGCAUACAAUCAGCCUGAUGUACUAGUCUAUAACUACCAGUGGUACAGACUAUGUUAACGGUUCAUUGGCAUUAAUGGUUCGGCCUACGAUUUUUCAACUGACUAUCUUCCAUCCCGACACAGUAUGCCUCCAAGUCGACAACCUGUAUAGCGAGGAUUUUAAUCAUUUGAACUCUAGCUAAUUCUAGAGCUAUUUAGCAUGCUGUUGUAUUUAGUCAAAUAAGGAUGCUCUUGAUCAUUGGCUAGUCUGUAUUUGUACUGUACCUUGAGACUGCGUGUUUACUUUUGGAUUAGGGACGGGGAGGUGACUCUGGGGGAGAAUAAUCUUCAAAAUGUUUGUGCCAUCAACUGAUACUGUUCUUUUGAAUUGAUUCGACAAUGUCAGAUGGUCUUUUUCAAUCGCAGUUGUCACAUACUGUAUAUAUAACCCCCAGUAGGAUGCAUUUUGUAUCGUCCCUUUUUCAAGAAGCCAAUCUGCAUAGUGCAUUCAUUGCUGUUUUGUUUGUGUAGGAGUAGUUUGGUCCCCGGGUAGAAGCAGUAGGACCAUUUUGAAGCUAUGAUGAGCUGCCUACUUGAUCAUGCAUUAGAUUUCUCUGGUCUAGAUGGGUCAUAUGAGUGCACUGAGGUGAGAACAUGGCCCUGGUUUAAAUACUUCAGAAAUUAAUAUCUCCUUCUUACCUCCUUUUGAAGGAAUCACAGAUCAGAAUUGGUGGGGUUGUUGAAAUCUUGCUUACACCUAUCCAGUCUGACCAAUGCUUAACUGGAGGAAACAAGGAAGGAUGUAUUUCUACAGAAUUUGAACAGGGCCCUAGCCCCUACUCCAUAGCAGUGGUGGAAAAAGUACCCAAAAGUAAAGAGUAUAAGUAAAUAUACCUUAAUGGAAAAUGGCUCAAGUGAAAGUCUAAAAGUAUUUGGUUUUAAAUAUACCUAAGUAUCAAAAGUAAAUGUAAUUGCUCAAAUAUACUUAAGUAUCAAAAGUAAAAGUACAAAUUAUUCCAAAUUCCUUAUAGUAAGCAAACCAGACGGCACAACAUAUUUUAUUUAUUUACAGAUAGCCAGGGGCACACUCCAACACUCAGACAUCAUUUACAAACAAAGCAUUUGGUUAGUGAUUCUACCAGAUCAGAGGCAGUAGAGAUGACCAGGGAUGUUCUCUUGAUAAGUGUGUGAAUUGGACCAUUUUCCUGUCCUGCUAAGCAUUCAAAAUCUAACGAGUACUUUUGGGUGUCAAGGAAAAUGUAUGGAGUAAAGAUUACAUUAUUUUCUUUAGGAAUAUAGUGAAGUAAAAGUCAGUUAUCAAAUAUAAACUAGUAUAGUACAGAUACCCCCCCCCACACCACUCUUCCACCACUCUUCCAUAGGUACUCCUGUAGAUCUAAAAGAAUCGGAUAAGUUUUACAAUAUGGCAAUUGCUUCACCAUGUGGUCGGAAUUUUCGCCAUAUUGUUUAUAGUUAUACGGAUCUUAUCACUUCAGAUCUGCAUAAAGCGUAAUUCAGUGUAAAGACACAGAGACGUGACAGUCCGGCGUCCAUUGCUUUGUGGCUCUGAGACCAGCUUUGUGGCUCUGAGACCAGCGUCAGCGGGGGACGCACUGCCCGGACCACCCCAAGUCCUCUAUUCAUUUGAAUGUGUUGACAGUUGGAGAAAUAGCUUGAGCCGCGCUGAGAAUUUGAAGAAGUAUGAAAGCCAACAGUCCAAUAUUCUAGAACACUGCUGUGUGUACAAGCAGACGUUUUGGACUCUGAAAGGCCUAGGGGUUGUGUAGGGCAUCACUGGUAUGUUGAUGCCCUUCACCCACCAGGAAUAAGAGUACAGAAGAGUUAAUUGAGUAUUCAGGCGAACUGCUGUAGACUUUAGAUUACAGUAAAAGUUAUUGAAGACCUUACACAAACAAGAUGACUUGUGACAUAGCAAUAAGAAAGCAGUGCUGUCCAUUGUUUGCUUUGAAAUCAAGAACUUCCUCGAUGAGAAACAGUGUUCAACAAUCUUGAUCAAUAUGAUGACAUGUAUGCUGAAAAAUGGGUCCCAGUAUCUAAUAAUAGAAGUACGAAAUGUGUGGUAGUGAUGUAGGUGUAAAUAUUUCUAAAAUUAAUGACUGACGAUCCUGUUAUUUGAUUGUUUAUUUUCCCUAAAUCUGCCAUUUUCUUUCACCUAACAUGAUGCAAUGACACAGACGAACUGGCCAUCUAACAUUUCGGGGCAAAUGCCAGAUGGGCCAGUCAAUUUUUUGGCCCAGUGGGCCUAUCUAACUUUGGUUUAUUGCGCAAAAUGAUAAUCUGGCCAAUAAUGGGGGCCUCGAGGAACAAAAUGGGCCAGUAUGGGGGCCUCAAUGAAAAAAAAAAAAAAAAAGUAGAAAUGCCUGGGCUGAUUUGUGGCCCCUUGAUACUGUAAAUGGGGUACAUGACUUAUUUUGGGGGGUUGAAUAAUCUCUGUAGCUUUUUGUACUUUGAACGAGGGGUAGAUAAACAUCAAAACAUGGCAAAAUUCUGCAUAGGCUUCUUUGUACUUUCAAUUGAAUAUUUGAACCUGUCGGUACAUUGACAAGGACAACUUGAGGCCAUUGUACUGCAGGUAAAGCAUUGAAAUGUAUUCUAAUAUAUAUUGAAAUAUGGACCACAACGCUUCUUUCAAAUCUGUUGGAUGAAAUAGAGGACAAAUUUUUCUAAUAAUUUCAAGCCAAGGACUAUAUUCUUGAUUCCCUGUCCAACAUGUUUUAUUAACCUAUGCAGUUUCUGGUUUACCAUUCCUAAAACUUUAUUCAUUUGAAAUGGACAAUAUCAGAAGAUUGAGGAUUUUGUAAACAAUAUUAUUUUCUCUUUUUUUGUGCGUAUCAGGAUUGGAUUGAAAUGGGUAUUGUGCCACUUUAUGUUAUCUUUAAAUGUACAAUAAAUUAUAUUUCAAGAGCG